AUGAAUAGACCGCAGGGUGGUCAACAACGUUUAGGUGCAACUUGGUAUCCAGGGGGGCAAGAUGACUUCUACAUGCCAGAGGUCAUAUCCCCAUCUCCUCAAAGAGUGAUGCCAGAAGUGCCUGAGAAUAUGCAGGACAAUAUUGCUGAGAUGGAAUAUCGCGCUCAUGACCCCCGCUCCGGACCACCGCAAUACCAACGCGCUCAAAGCUAUCCCGAGCGCACUUCCUCCGCUCAGGGUCCACCACCCCAACACAAUCAAUUCCAUGAUCCUAGUUCUUACGCGCAAUCUGCGACCUAUGAUAGCAUGGAUCAUCCCAACUUUUCACCUUUCCCAGUCUUGCGGAAUCCACCACCUAAUGUUCCGCCCACCGAUGAACAGAGAGAAGCCAACCUAGAGCGCGCGCGGAUGGCCGUCCUAUCGACCACAGACCCGGAAAUGCAACUAGCAUGGGCCUUGGAUGCCCUCGCCUUUGUCGAGGUUGCUGCACAGAACGAUGUCCGCCUCUGUUUGACCCAACCCCCACGUCCGCAGACCCCGCAGGUGGAGCGACAGCUGAGGGUCGACGCAAUGAAUAUUGUCGGCUUUCUAGCCGAGCAGCGCCAUCCUAAAGCAGAAUUUAUCAAGGGCAUGUGGCUUGAGUUCGGCAAAUUUGGCUGCCCCGUGGAUCGCAAGGAGGCAUUCCGAUCAUACUCCCGAGCCGCUGAGAAGGGAUAUGCGCGCGCCGAAUACCGGAUUGGAAUGCAGUUCGAGAGCUCGGGUGAGCCGGACAAGGCUAUCAAACAUUACCAGCGUGGUGUGGCGCGGGCGGAUUCUGCUUCGUACUAUCGCCUGGGAAUGAUGAUUCUUUUGGGUCAGCAUGGACAGCCCCAGGAUUUCAACACGGGGUUGGAGUACAUUCGGCUAGCGGCGCAGUCAUGCGACCAGAACGCACCUCAAGGUGCAUAUGUAUACGGCAUGCUCUUGGCUCGUGAGCUCCCCCAAGUCAGCGUCCCGGAAAGCUUUCUACCCCUUGAUCUGAACUUGGCACGUGUCAAUAUCGAAAAGGCGGCAUAUCACGGAUUUGCUAAGGCUCAGGUCAAGAUGGGUGCUGCAUAUGAACUCUGUCAACUGAGCUGUGAUUUCAACCCCGCACUGUCUCUGCACUACAAUGCACUGGCAGCCCGCCAGGGCGAGCCCGAAGCCGAGAUGGCGAUCAGCAAAUGGUUCCUGUGUGGACACGAGGGUAUAUUUGAGAAGAACGACGAGCUGGCAUUUACAUAUGCCCAGCGCGCGGCCCAGAGUGGUCUUCCGACAGCUGAAUUUGCACUGGGUUACUUCUAUGAGGUUGGUAUCUUUGUGCCAGUGGAUAUCAAGGAAGCCCGUUCUUGGUAUGCCAAGGCAGCUGCCAGUGGUAACAAGGAUGCAUCUGGUCGGAUUGAAAGUAUUUCACGCUCCAAGACUCUGUCUAGAAAAGACCAUGAGAAGGUCGCAAUCUCACGUAUCAAGUCGACGCGAUAUACCGCUCAUCAGCGAGGUAACUCACUGGAGAUGACCCCAGAGAAUAUACAAAUGCCAGAUCCUUCGAGAAUGACCUUGUCUGAUGGCCCACCAUCUGCGGCUCCUUACCCCGAUCGUCCUCACUCUACUCGCCCCCGUCCCCAGCAGGGCUAUCAGCUGUCAGACACUCGUCCAAGCUCUGCUUUCGGUGUCAAUCCCAACCUUCGAUCUAAUGCACCCCCGGGAUAUGGUGGCCCACCUCCCCAGGGCCCCGGAAAUCGCACUCCGUCCUAUGGGCCUGGUGGAUCCAUGAACUACCGCCAGUCUGGCCCUGGAACCCCUCUCAGUGCCCCUGCUGGGCCUGUCAGCCCGCAGGCUAGUAACAUGAUCAGUCCUGGCGGGGCUCCUCGUCUCGAUAUUGGCUAUUCUGCACCCAUGCCGCCUCCAGGUGGGCGACGCCCACCACCUCGACUUGACUCAGUUCCGGAUCGCAAGCCUAUGAGACCUCCCGUUUCUGGUCAUCCCGGUUCACCCUCGUUUCCUCCACGUAUGGAGUCUCGGCAACAUUCUCAUGGUUCAGGUCCCUCUACGCCCCAGCCGGCUCCCUCCGUCGCGUCAUCGAGUUCAUCCACGCCGCAGCCAAAGCCAGCCAAGCCGCCAAGCAAGGGACCCAAGACCUUUGAAGAGAUGGGUGUUCCUAGUGCGAAUAAAGACAGUGAUUGCAUUGUGAUGUGA